AUGGAUUCUCCCGAAAGCAACAAGGAGCCCGUCCCUGACGCCACCGAGCUCGACGCAGAGACCCCUAGCGCAAGCGUGGGGAAUGCCAACAAGAAGCAGAAGGGGAAGGCCGUGAAGCAGAAGAAGAAGCGUAAGGUGUGGACCGAGGACGAAAUGACCGAUCUGGCCACUGCUCGAUGGUUCACACGCGAGGAUUUGAAGUCGAUGCAAGGCAAGCAAGGAUCGCAGUAUUGUAAGAAGCUCCGUAGGCAUCUCUGUAAGGCGAAUCCGAACAGGACACGCAAGUCGGGAGCAAUGAAGCAGCAGUGGAAGCGGCUCGAGAGGGAGUAUAAGGAGAUUUGCGAGGCGUUGGCAAUGUCGGGUGGCGGAAACAUCGCCCGCCCGGGAUGGUUCGGCUACAUGGAAGAACUACGCGCAGGUACCGCCGCGGUGAACCCCCAUGUGGUCGACGGUGGAGGCGCGGGCGAGGACCACGCUGAUCCUCUGGCAAACCCUAUGCCGCCAGCCCCUGCACCUGCCACACCCAUGUCGCCUCCUCCUCAAGUUGGGCCCUCAGGUCUUACGCCAGCACAAAAGGCGGACCACACCACACCUGUGCGGAAGAGGCGGGUGUCCGAGAGUGCUACCAUCUGCGGAGCGCAGCUCAUUGCGGACGCAUUGAAAGAGUGCAGUCAGGAAGGCCUGGCCAAGCUGGACGCGCUGACCCGCUUGAUCAUGAGUGCGGUAGCGUCGGUGAGCGCGCCUCCUGAGGCGGCUGAUCCGCCGGCUGUAACGGCGAGCGCGCCUCCUGAGACGGCAGAUCCGCCUCCUGAGACACCAAACGCGUCUACACCGGCAGAAAGCUCGCCUAUGAUCAUGGAUCCUACGGGGCAGUAG